AGCGUCUCUUGGCGCGCUCCGCAACGAUGGACGCCCGUCGAUGCGUCUCCUGAUACUUUCCCGCGCGGAAAAUCCCGAGGAUAUACGGAAAUCGUGUUGUCUCCCAAUACUAGUUGGAAGUUUCUGAGAAUCGGUCAAAGUUCAGUGGGGCGCGAAUUAGAGCUUGCUUGGCUUAUAAAAAUUUAUCGUUUGCACGACGCGGCUAGGAGGGGCGGGCAACCGCGAGGGCUUGUUGCGGCUUCGGCUUAUAACCUAUAAUCAUAUAUAAGUAUCCUUCGUAAGAUAGUUGAUAGCUGUCUCGAGUUGUGUGAAUAUUUUUUUUCAUCCAGUACAAAAUGAGACUCGACGAACAUCUUCGCCGAGGGGAGACAUUCGACGAUGCAGUCGAAGAACGCGUCAUCAAUGAGGAAUACAAAAUCUGGAAAAAGAACACUCCUUUCCUCUACGAUCUCGUGAUGACCCAUGCUCUGGAGUGGCCAUCGCUGACAGCACAGUGGUUACCCGAUGUGACCAGACCAGAGGGAAAGGAUUACACCAUCCACCGUCUCAUCCUUGGCACACAUACUUCCGACGAACAGAAUCACUUGUUGAUUGCCAGUGUUCAACUGCCAAACGAAGAUGCCCAGUUUGAUGCUUCUCAUUAUGACAACGAGAAGGGUGAAUUCGGAGGCUUUGGCUCGGUCAGCGGUAAAAUUGAGAUAGAAAUUAAGAUCAAUCACGAGGGAGAAGUCAACAGAGCAAGAUACAUGCCUCAAAACCCUUGUGUCAUUGCCACAAAGACGCCUUCCAGCGACGUACUGGUUUUCGACUACACCAAGCAUCCUAGUAAACCGGACCCCAAUGGAGAAUGCCAUCCAGAUUUAAGGCUACGAGGACAUCAAAAAGAGGGCUAUGGUCUUUCAUGGAAUCCAAAUCUCAAUGGUUACUUGCUCAGCGCAUCGGAUGAUCACACAAUCUGCCUUUGGGACAUUAAUGCUACACCUAAAGAGAAUAGAGUUAUCGACGCCAAGACAAUCUUCACGGGGCACACUGCUGUCGUUGAAGAUGUAGCGUGGCAUUUGCUCCACGAGUCACUGUUUGGCUCAGUAGCCGACGAUCAAAAAUUAAUGAUCUGGGAUACUAGGUGUAACAAUACGAGCAAACCUAGUCACACCGUCGAUGCUCAUACAGCAGAAGUGAAUUGCCUUAGCUUCAAUCCCUAUUCAGAGUUCAUUUUGGCAACCGGUAGCGCUGACAAAACUGUUGCUCUUUGGGAUUUGAGAAACUUGAAACUCAAGUUGCAUUCGUUUGAGUCGCAUAAAGAUGAAAUUUUCCAAGUUCAAUGGUCGCCCCAUAACGAAACAAUUCUGGCAAGCAGCGGAACCGACAGGCGUCUGCACGUUUGGGAUCUCAGCAAAAUCGGCGAAGAGCAGUCCAGUGAAGAUGCCGAAGACGGUCCUCCUGAACUACUGUUCAUUCACGGUGGGCAUACUGCCAAGAUUAGCGACUUUUCGUGGAAUCCAAAUGAGCCAUGGGUGAUUUGCUCAGUGUCUGAAGAUAAUAUCAUGCAAGUGUGGCAAAUGGCCGAAAAUAUUUAUAACGAUGAAGAACCCGAUACGCCAGCCAGUGAACUCGAAGCUGGAGCUUCGUAAGCGCGCGUCGGCUUUACAAAGCAACAUGUAUUUUCAAUUAUAAAUUACAAAAUACUUUAGCUGUAGUGUUGUGUUUUUCAUUCUUUAAAAGGUUCAAUAUCUUAGAUUUUAAAAGAAAUCAGGCAUGCAUUUGAAUACCUGACCACGACGACGACGACGACGACGAUGACAAGCAUCAUUUUUCACAUUGUUAGUGUAAGUUUAUUUCUCGAUAUUUUUAUGUAAACAAGGUUUCAACAAAUGUAUAAAAUUAAUUUCCUUUUUUUAA